CCUCUAACGCUGCUUAAGCCUACUAGGAUCGCCAUCCAUGACGAAAGCACUUACUGCUUAGCGAUGUAAGCCGUUGUCUCUUUAGUUGCCGCGAACCAACUGCAGGAGGCUCUUCGUCGACCGUGGUCGAUAGUAAAAAACAAAAACUUCCGUUCGCGUUCUGUGGGUGUUUUUGCUUGCCUGCUGCUGUAACAGCUCAGGAUUUUGUUGCUUGCCCGAACUCCGAAAAGUGUGGCCUGUAUCUCAAUUUUCACUGGAUCUGAAUGCCACCUAGAUUCAUAAAUACAGAUGGCCUAUCAUUUCAUUUUCCUGUUAGUCUCAAUUUGUGGGUAUGUUUCCUCGUUCCCUCAGUCGAAUUACGCCGAUCAGGCAAACAAUGUGGAGUAUAUCGGUAAAGGCCUCCCGGAGCAAGCCACUCUCGAUGGAAAGGUCACGCAGCUUGAUGACCUCAGUCCUAUAAUCACCCUAAAUCGUACGAAAGCCGCGCUAAACUGUGCCGCAGGAUCCAUGCAGGUGGAGUUGAAGUUCAACGACAAAUUCUACGGUAUAGCCUACGCAGACUUCGAUAGGAACUCCGCCUGUCAAGUUUCGGGCAAAGGAGCCUAUAGCUACGAAUUGGAAUUGCCACUCAAGGGAUGUGGAACAAAACAAGGUCCUCAACGUGUUUUCACAAAUAACAUUGUUGUGAGGUUCCAUCCUGGACUCGAAAUGGACGGGGACGAAAUAAUUACCAUAGUCUGUCGGUAUCCACCUCCUGUAGCACCAUUACCUUCGCCAGUUACGAAUAGAAUAUUUGUACCACCAGCUGCCCCGUUGGAGCCUCCAUUGAGUGGUUUCCACAUCUUGUUGAUUAUUUGUGGUAUUCUCUUUUUGUCGCUCUUACUUCUUGGACUGGGUUGUUCGUACUAUUGUUUAAGAAGAAGGACGAUUCCAGCUGUGUACAGAUCCCCACCCUCGGUCCUAGAAACAGAUUCAGAAAUUACGAAACUUUCUGAAAGUUCCGUUGGAAAACUAUUGACGAUUGGAGGAGUGAAGAUUCCACCUGCCCGUGUUUCGGCAGCUUCUGGAAGCGAUACUCUGCCAUCAGAUUAUCCUUCUGAAUCACAUUCCGAAGUUGAAGAUGUCGAAACCCGUUCUCUACCAAUAUCUUCAGCUGGAAGUUACGAAAACAGAGCUUACGUCCAAGAUACCAGUAGUUUUUAUAGCGAACAUUACGGUCAUACCCAAGAACAGACAAUCAAGAACGCUGUUGCAACACCUGCUACCGUAGAAAGAUUACCAAUGCCUAUCAAGGAAGGGCCCAAGUUCGAUGUUCAAGUCAGAGUGAAGAAAGUGCCUCCACCAUCGCCUCCAAGUAUAAGUGAAUCAGACACAUCAAGGAAUCUGUCGACUAUAAUGGAGCAACGUGAAGAAAGUUUGAGGAGUGUUCAGUCACAUCCAGUGGAAAGAACUCACUUCACGUAUGUGCCCGAGUUGCACCCUCCUCCAAAACAUAUUCAGCCAGCACCAACUUUCAAUAGAAUAUUAAGAAGACAACAACAAGAAAUCGCUGAAGAGAUUGAAACGCCAUCGAAAUCUCCACCGAGAGCUCUCGUAUCGCUUGACACUGAAUUAAUGGACACUCGCUCUGUGACAGAAGUGUUUGAUGAAACCCAACAUAAAUUUGUGGCACCUGUCCCUCCGCCCCCUCCUCCAAUAGUUCCUAAACAACAUCUCAUCAAAGAUGAAGCUCCUCCACCAGAACUUCCAAUUCAGAAAGCUCACAAACCCGAAGUUACCUCACACCUGGUUGAUGAUGUCUAUUUGAGAACUAUAACGGAGAAAAAGAGGAUCGAAGAUAUUGAGAGACAUAAGAGAUACGUGACGGAAUACCACACAAGGCCUAAACCAAUUGAAGAUCAAAAAUGGGACGUAACCAUCAGAAAUUAUCCGGUUGAAAUGCCUGAGCCUCCCGACUGGGAAAACUUCUCUGAUAUUUCUUCAGCAUCUAAUCUCACUCUUACUCCUAAGAUGGAGAGAGCUCCUCUUAGUUUGCCUCCUCAGCCUCAAAUAGAUGACGAUAAACUGCCUCUCACUGCACCUGAAAUUGUAGGCAACAUUGCUGCAUAUCCCCCAAGACGAUUUGCUUCUACGCGAGAAGAAGUAACACGCGAAAGCUAUUUAGAAACGUUCAACAUUCCUCCUGAAAAUCCGCAAGUUCCAAAUUGGAAUGUUCUCAUUCGUGUUCUUCAACCACAAGACGAGGAGGGUCCUGUAUUGGAAACUGCCGAACAGUUCAACUCGCAAUUGACGAUGGCAGAUAAGAUGAAGUGGCGGCAAAUUAUUACAACUGAGUCAACACUACGAACCCUUCUCACCGAAGCAACAGUUAGAGAAGAUUUCGAACGAAUCCGAUCCGAUCGAAGAUAUGAAACACUCUUCGAACCACCCAAGUGGGACAUUAUAAUCCGAAUACUAACACCUUCUGAUAAGAAGGGCAAAGGUCAUUACCGCAAGAAGUCCGACUGGGACAAUAGAAGCCGCAGAAGCAGUUUGCCCACUCUUUACGAAUACGAUUCAGACGGAGGAAGUUCUGUGAAAACAUUGACCAACGAGUCAGCGGUUCGUCCGCAAAUUCCUCUACGACUGAGGAAAUCUUCACGAUCCAGUUACAGAAGUGAAGCAGACUUGCGAUCGAUGUCCGAAAUGACAGUCGAUUUUGCCAGACCUGAUCAUGGUGAUUCUCAAUCCGAAGUUUCCAGUUAUUAUCCAGGACCUGGUCGGUACUACGAUGAUUCCGAAACAGACACAGAGUACAAGCCCAGCUCUACACAGCAUCCUUCUUUGACGCGAUCUCUUAGCCAACCAAGUCUUGCAAGAUCAGCUAGUGAGUUCACUGAACGGUGGGUUGCUCCGUCCAGGUACGAUACCGCGAGUGAAUACACUACACCAGAGGGUACACCCAGAUCUCAGCGUAGCACCAGAAUUCAACCAGUUCAUGUUCCUCGUAGUGGGGUCGAACAGAGUUCUGUAUGGGAGCAAUCGUCAAGUGCCCAAGUCGCUCAAGCUCCCGGAGGAGCCAGAAUAGUUGCUCAACAAUACAGGAGCGAAAUGUCUGCUUCUUAUCAACAGUCUGGUCGCCGGAACUGGUUCGGCGAUAACGAUAGUGAAGCUAGUUUCAAAUAACCAGCAGCUGCCAACUGAACUAAUAAAUUAAUUACUAUAUAUUUAGUUGAUUAACAUUGCCCAUAUGUAGUUCUAGUUUUUACACUGUAUAUGUAAAAUAUGCUGACGUUUGUCAGUAAGUAACUAGAACGCUGUGAUAACAACAUAACGAAUGGGAUCGGGACUCUUGGACAUCAGUUUUGGGAUUUCCAAGAGUUCAACACUUGACCUGGUUUUCCACUCGCUCACAACGGAAAUAGUGAGAGACUGUAGAACUGGGUGACAAUUUCUCACAACACUUUUUACAGUUUUCUAAUUAUUUUUUUUUCUCGGCUACUCUACAUGGUGACGGUCUUUGGGGGCUUCCUGUGCAAUAAAACAUGGCGUCUUUUGUCUUCCUUUUAAUUUCACGUUUCAAAAGAUGACGGUGCUAAAUAAUAUUAUUCAUUCCUAAUAUCCUAUUUUGUAAUUUUUCUAUUAAUAAAUGACUUUUUAACAAUUACAUAA